AUGUUAGCUUUCAAUUUGUUUUUAUGUUUAUGGCUUUCACGCCCAAUUUUUUGUGACACCGAAGGAAUUUCGAAUUCGGAAGAGAAGACGCUGAUUGAUACGAAUUUCGACAUACUACCUCCCGGCAUGAUUCUGUGUUCCCGUAACUCUUCGAAUUCCGUGAGAUCGGAUUGUAUCAAAGACAGCAUCAAUCAUCUUAUUCCUCAAUUGAAAAAUGGAUUUCCUCCGUUGGAUUUUCCGAUAUUGGAUCCUUUUCUUGUCAAUCGUACUUACAUCGAAUACGAACAAAAUUUCCUGAAAGCCAAGCUGAAUGUUACCGAAGCAUUAGUUCGUGGCGUCAGUACGGGCGAAGUUAAAAUGGUAAAAUCUAAACUUAAUUCUACGCAUUUUUACGUUUUGUUUGAUCUGCAUGUUCCCGUAAUUCAAAUCGAAGCGGAUUUUGAAGGGAGAACACUUUUUAACGACUUGGUUGUUCAGUCAGAGGGUCAUGCUGUUAUCGACUGUUUUAAAGUAAUUGCCACAUUUAAGUUUAAUGGAGUCCUUCAAACGUUAGACGAUGGUGAAGAUUAUAUGAUUGUAAAGUCAGCUAAUUUUACAAAAGUUGUUAUGGAGGAAAUGAAGUUAAAUGGAACAGGAUUGCUUCCAGAGCCAGAAUUGAAUGAAGUUGUCGUUCAAAUAUUAAAUGAAAUAUGGGAAAUGUUGCUGCAAAAUAUCUUUCCCAGAUUUAAAGCUUCGUGGGAUCCGAUAAUUGUUGAUUUGUUGAAUUGCUUUUUUGAAAAAGUUCCUUUUAAUAUGUUGAUGGAAAAUUAA